AUGGAGAAAAAAGAUAACCUCAAAGAGGUGACUACGCAGAAUCAAGUUGUUCCCAUAUUUCAAAAAAAGAGGAAAGGUCGGGAUAGAGAAGGUCUAAAGAGAAAAAAACCAAAUGCUGAAAAUGAUUCCUUAAAUAAGGAAGAUGAUUUAGAUGAAGAUGAAUUAGAUGACGCUCGGUCAACGAGGGACUAUCUGCUUUCACAACAGAAAAAGCAUACAAGAACGGCCCCUGAUGCAUCCUUAGAUCUUCACAAAAAGAAGGUGGAUCCUAGUUCUUCGAUAUCAAAAGAGAUAAAUGUAGAAUACUCUGCGAACUUGAAUAUUCGUGGCGAUGAGAUGAAUACAUCCACAGUUAGUAUCCCCAACGAAUCGUUGAAUGAAGACAAUGUUCGUUCCAAGGAUCAAGGACCAUUACCAUCAGAAUUGUUUCAAUCGCAAAACGAAUAUUCAAAGUUCUUACCUAAAAAAGAACCGAUAAGCAAAAAAGCCCAAGCUGGACCAGUUCGCCCUUCGCCAUCAUCGGCUGCAAUCCGUACAAUCACAGUAAUAGAUUAUCAACCCGACGUCUGUAAAGACUACAAGUUAACGGGAUUUUGCGGCUAUGGUGAUACUUGUAAGUUUCUUCACAUGAGAGAAGACUACAAAGCUGGUUGGCAAUUAGACCGGGAAUGGGAUGAAGCGCAAGCUAAAUUCCGUAAAGGUAUCAAAACUGUGGAUGGCGUUCCGCAAAAUGAAAAAGAAGAAGAAAUCCCGUUUGUAUGCUUGAUAUGCAAGAAAGAUUAUAAAAACCCAAUUGUAACGGUUUGUAAACAUCAUUUUUGUGAGAAUUGUGCCGUGGAACGGUACAGAAAGACUCCUACGUGUUUACAAUGCGGUGCAGAUACCAAAGGAUUAUUUUCUAUUGAUAAGCAAAUGAAUUUGCUUUUAAAAAAAAGAAAGCAUACAGAAAACGAUGGGACUCAAAAGAAAGAAGUCAGUAGGUAUUCACUCGGUGAUUUAACAAAUGAAAACAUCAACUCUUUUAAACGACUGAAUCAAGUCGUUUUGAGUAUAAAUUAUAGCGAAGCAUUUUAUAAAAACAUUCUAAAAAAUAAUGAACUUUCGCGUGUGGCUCUGUUUAACAAUAAUAUCGUAGGAGGCGUGAGUUGCAUCAAAACAAAAGACGAAAAACUCUACAUAGCUACGUUUUCAGUCCUAGCCCCUUACAGACAUUUAGGAAUUGGUUCCUUACUUUUGGAUUUCGUAAAACUUUCGGCUCAAAAGCUGGCUCUCAAUACAAUCACUUUGCACGUUCAAUGUUCUAAUGACGACAGUGUUAGUUGGUAUACUCGUCGUGGUUUUCAUAUAAUUGAGCGUGUGCCUAAUCUUUAUAAGCGCCUUACUGAUGGAGAUGCCUUCCUUAUGAGACAUGAUCUAGAUACUCAAACAACAUAA